GAGAGAGAGUUAGGGGAGUAUUUAUGUGCCGGUCUGUUGGGUCUUUCUCAGUCUUUCGCUGAAGAUCUGCAACGAUGAGAGGAGUUCUGCUCAUCUUGUGGCUGACCAUUGCCUCUGUUUGGACAGCACCUGCGCAGACAGACUCUGGUCCUGUGGUGGUUCUGAAGCAUGGCAGUUUGCGUGGUCAGUAUGUGACAGUGAAAGGCUCUGAGAAAGCAGUGGAGCAGUACCUGGGCAUUCCUUUUGCCCAGCCACCCGUAGGGCCUCUCCGUCUUUCUGCACCGAAACCUGCUGAGCCCUGGGAGGGAGAGAGAGAUGCCACUCAGCACCCUCCUCUGUGUCUUCAAGAUCUAGACGUUAUGGAAUCUGUGUCAAAAAUCAUGGCCUUAAGCUUCAUUCCCCCCACAGUCUCAGAAGAUUGUCUGUACCUAAACGUGUACACUCCCUCUCAACGCUCAGCAGCAGAGAAGUUACCUGUCAUGUUCUGGAUCCAUGGAGGGGGCCUGUACAUGGGGGGAGCCAUCCAGUAUGAUGGAUCAGUACUGGCAGCCUAUGAGAACAUUGUUGUUGUUGUCAUUCAGUAUAGGCUGGGCAUAUUGGGAUACUUCAGCACUGGAGAUGAGCAUGCCAGAGGCAACUGGGGCUUCCUGGAUCAAGUUUUAGCACUGCAGUGGGUGCAGCAGAACAUUGAGAGUUUUGGAGGAGAUCCUAAUUCUGUCACUAUUGCAGGAGAGUCUGCUGGAGGAAUCAGUACCUCUAUGUUGACCCUGUCCCCAUUGGCCAAAGGUCUGUUUCACCGAACAAUCUUUCAGAGUGGCGCAGCUACGCUGGGAACAUACUCAACAAAACACCCCAUGGUCUUUGCCAAGGUGGUGGCAAACGUUACAGAAUGUGAUUCCAGCUCUACAGAGCUGCUGGUCUCAUGUAUGAGAGAAAAAACAGAAGAGGAUUUCAUAAAGGCAACCAAAAAGCAAAAAAUCUUCCUGGGAGCCACAGUGGAUGGGGUGUUCCUGAAAGAUGUAGCAGAGGAAAUUUUGAAGAGCAAAAAUUUUCUGAAAGUUCCAGUGCUUUUAGGGGUAACAAACCAUGAAUUUGGAUGGAUUCUCCCUCUGACUUUCGCUCCUCCAGGGUGGGACAAAGGGAUGGACAGACAGGAGGUGGCUGCAGUUAUGGGACAGUUUUUUCCAGAAGAGGUCUCAGGAGUCAAUGACCUCAUAAUAGACGAAUAUCUAAAAGAUGCAAAAACUCCAGAGGAUGUAAGAGAUGGCUUCACUGAGAUGAUGGGGGAUCUUUUCAUGGUGAUACCUGUCAUAAAAGUGGCAGGAUAUCAUAGAGAUGCUGGAGCACACGUGUAUAUGUAUGAGUUCCAGCAUCGACCGAAUCUUUUUAAAGACAUCCGACCUAGCUUCGUGAAGGCGGAUCAUGCUGAUGAUGUUGGAUUUGUGUUCGGAGCCUGUUUUUGGAGUGGCCAAAUCAAAAUGAUAGGCACAUUCACUGAAGAGGAAAAUCAACUGUGUAAAACCAUGAUGGGAUACUGGGGAAACUUCGUUCGCACAGGCUCACCAAAUGGACCUGGCUUGGUAAACUGGCCCACUUACGACCAGUCCAAUAAGUAUCUGAACCUGGAACUGCAGCAGACAGCUGGACAAGGACUGAGACUAGACAAACUGCAUUUCUUAAACGUUGAGCUGCUUCAGAAGCUCAGUGCACUACGUGCAACCUGAACAGCUGUUCUCCUUUACCCAAUGUACCAGUGAUGUUUUUUUUACUAGAAUGAUAAUAGAAAUGUUGUUUUUCUAAACACUGGUUUUCUAAACAUAUGUAUGAUCAUAAAUAGACCUCUCUGAAUUCCUGCA